AUGUUGGCUAUCGCAGCCACGAUGAUGCCGCUGGUGGUGUUAGUGGCUCUCCUCCUUCAGGUUGACGUAGGAGGCAUAGCUAGGGGGAAGAGGCCCAAAAACUGUGAAGAAGGUGCUAAGGAUACGGAGGAGGAGGAUGAGGGGGAUGAGGAGGAGGAGGAGGAGGAGGAGGAGGAGGAGGAGGAGGAGGAGGAGGAGGAGGAGGAGGAGGAGGAGGAAGAGGAUGAGGAGGAGGAGGAGGAGGAAGAGGAUGAUGAGGAGGAUGAGGAGGAUGCGGAGGAGGAGGAUACGGAGGAGGAGGACGCGGAGGUGGGGGAGGAGGAAAAAGAUGAGAAGGAUGAUGAGGAGGACGAAGACGAGGAGGAGGAGGAGGAGGAGGAGGAGGAGGAGGAGGAGGAGGAGGAGGAGGAGGAGGAGGAGGAGGAGGAGGAGGAGGAGGACGACGACGACGACGACGACGACGACGACGAGGAGAGUGACGACGAGGAUGAGGAGGAGGAGAGGGAGGACGAGGAGGGGGACGACGAGGAUGAAGAGGAGGAGAAGGAUGGCAAGGGGGAGGAGGAGGAGGAUGGGGAUGAGGAGGAGGAGGAGGAGGAGGAGGAGGAGGAGGAGGAGGAGGAUAUGGAGGAGGAGGAUGUGGAGGAGGAGGAGGGGGAAGGGGCAGAAGAGGAAGAGGAGUAUGUGGCAGCAGUGAAGGUCCCAGGAGCGCGAGGAAGACGGGGGAGUGGUACACGGAAGCUGGGGUUACAGCCACGAGCUGGAGGGUCGCCGGUUGGUUGGCUAAGUGCUGGAGGCAAGAGGAAGGGGAGCAUGGCUCUUCGUCUUGACGAGGAGGCCACCACCUCUAAGGGAGCCUUGUGUCUGCGGACUAGAGCUGGCACGGAGUACGAACUAGAGCGGAAGGGUGAAGUCGGAGGUGACAUCCCGGAAGAACGAGACCCAGACAUGCAUCGGGGAACGGAUAUCCGUGAGGACGUGGAGCACGGGCCGGAUUCGCCCGGACAUGCGGCAGGCGGGCGAGAACGGCCGGGGCCGCCGGCGGAAGGGUCAACGCCGACUGGGGCGGAGAAGAAAGGCUCGCAAUCGGAAGAGCGACCGAUGCGAAGUGCAAGGGAGGAAGCGGAGCACGGCUCCUAUCAACAGAGCGCUUUGUGGCAGGAAGAGGCGUAG